UCGAUGCGAACGGACGCGUCGCUCUAGUGAAAAGUUGAGAAAAGCAAACAUAUAGGAAAAACUAUAAUAAGGAAAACCCAAACUAAACGUGACCGCGUGUGAAUAAAACAAGAAUUACAAAGACAGCAAAAAUGGUUUUAAACGGCAUGCCCAUCACUAUGCCAGUACCGAUACCAGUACCCAUGCCUGUGCCCAGUCCACCAGCCACCAAAUCUUGUGUCGCUGUCGACUGGGACAUCAACGACUCCAAGAUGCCGUCGGUGGGGGAGUUCGACGACUUCAGCGACUGGGCCAAUGGACACUGCCGGCUCAUAUAUUCCAUUCAGAGUGAUGAAGCCAGGAAACACGCCAGCGGUUGGGCGAUGCGCAACACAAACAAUCACAAUGUGAACAUCCUUAAGAAGAGCUGCCUGGGAGUACUUCUGUGCAGUGCCAAGUGCAAGUUGCCCAAUGGAGCCAGUGUUCAUCUGAGACCCGCCAUUUGCGACAAGGCCAGAAGGAAACAGCAGGGAAAACAGUGUCCCAAUAGAAACUGCAAUGGACGUUUGGAAAUCCAAGCCUGCCGCGGACACUGCGGCUAUCCUGUGACCCACUUCUGGCGACGGGACGGAAAUGGCAUAUACUUCCAGGCUAAGGGAACCCACGAUCACCCCAGACCCGAAGCCAAGGGAUCAACCGAAGCCAGACGCCUUUUAGCCGGAGGAAGACGAGUGCGCAGCUUGGCCGUUAUGUUGGCCAGAGAAUCGGCUCUUAGUGAUAAGCUGAGCAGCCUAAGGCCUACAAAGAGACAGGCCAAGACUCAGGCAGUCCAAGAGAGCAAACGCAGGAGGAUGGGUGAUCAAGAGGUGACCCCAAAUAGCCAAGAGUUAAUAGGAACAGCCGGCUAUCUGCCCACUUCCACGCCCACACACAGCGCGAACUUUAACCAAACUCAGGGAUCAUAUGGCACAACGGGAUCAGGAUCAGUGACAAGUCAGUGGAACGGUGAUAUCUACUACGAGGGAUCAUCCUAUGGCAAUGGAAUGUACGCUUACGAUAUGCUCCACUCGCCCCUCUCCGCGCACAGCUCAACGGGUAGCUAUUACCAGGAGAACCUCCCACAGCAAUUGCCACAGCAGCAGCAGCACCAGCAGCAACAACUUUCCCCCCAGCAACCUAUGCCGGCCAACUACGAUCAGUCGAUCUCAGCGAGCUUCCAGUGCGGAAUGCCCUUGUACGAGAGCUGCGAUGACACCUCCAGCUUGACCAGCAGUUCGGGCUACAGCUCCGAGGAUUACGGAUACUUCAAUGGAUAUCUACCCAACUCUCUGGACAUAAGCAACGGUAGCCAGAGCCAAAAUCCCAGCCAGGACGGAAGUUUCUACACCACCAGCUCAGAGAUCUUCAGUGUUUUUGAGUCCACCCUGAAUGGAGGAGGUGCCAGUGCAGUAGAUCUUCUAUAUGAUGAAGCAAACGCGUACCAACAGCAUCAGCAACAGGCCAACUUCCUGCCCCUCGCCUCGUCUUACCAACAGGAACAGCCGCAGGAUCAACUGCAGUCCGCCGACUACUACUACAGUAAUACAGGAGUGGACAAUGGAUGGAAUAUCCAAAUGGACUCGACAUAUCACCCAACCACCACCACAGAUCCCGUCUACUGCUAGGAGGAUCGGGAGACGAGACAGUUGCCACACUUCGAUCUCUCAUUGCAACUACUAUUACUGAGCCACUCAAGCGUUGUUCUAGUCCCUAGUUGAUUUCCAUUCAUGUUCCCAUUGCUUGUUGGUCCUUAUUAUUAUGUAUGAAAUAUUUGUAUUGAACGUUUCUAGUUUGUACUCUUGUACUUGUUUCCCAGCUAUUCCAAAGUUUUAGAGCAAGUAAGAAUUAUAAUAAUAAUCUUAACCUAUAAGCCUAUAUCAUGGUAAGUCACAUUUCCCACCUAUUUAUGAACUUUUGUGUAGUAAUAAACAUUUUUUGA